GACGACGCCAUAAAGAGCGCUUUCUGUCCCUCUCGGGACGCUGUUGAGUGACUCCGCCGCUGGGCUUUAGGAGAUGUCUGGACGCGGCAAGCAGGGCGGCAAGGCUCGCGCCAAGGCGAAGACGCGUUCGUCCCGCGCCGGGCUGCAGUUUCCUGUGGGGCGCGUGCACCGCCUGCUGCGCAAGGGCAACUACGCCGAGCGCGUGGGCGCCGGCGCCCCGGUGUACCUGGCGGCCGUGUUGGAGUACCUGACGGCCGAGAUCCUGGAGCUGGCGGGCAACGCGGCGCGCGACAACAAGAAGACGCGCAUCAUCCCGCGUCACCUGCAGCUGGCCAUCCGCAACGACGAGGAGCUCAACAAGCUGCUGGGCAAGGUGACGAUCGCGCAGGGCGGCGUGCUGCCCAACAUCCAGGCCGUGCUGCUGCCCAAGAAGACCGAGAGCCACCACAAGGCCAAGUGAGCUUUUCGAGUGCCUGAAAGAAAACAACGGCUCUUUUCAGAGCCAUUUCCAUAGUCCUAAGAGAUAGUAACACACACCUUUUGGCCGUUUGACGGAGGAUCUGACGUUAUGUAUCUCAGCCUUUUCUUAGUCUCGUCAACUGUCCAAGACUCCAGCUCUCAGACUCCUACCCUAGCAGACUGAGCGCCAGACCCAGGUACUUGUUCGCCUGCUUACAAUUCGAUCUUGACUUUACUGAGCGUACAACAUUCAACUGGAAGUAGCCAAGUAGUUACGUUUCAAGCUAUGCAGAUCGCAUAAGAAACUUCAUUGUAAAUAGGAAGUGCGUGUCAGUGGUUACCGCUAAUGGUUAAGAAAGGCUUGGGGUGUGAGCAGAAAGCUUCAUUUUAACAGUAUAAAGUGCUUUGAAGUAGUACAAACAGGAUUUACAUAGCUGCUUGAAACUGGUACUUACUAUAAUGGAACUAAACUCGGUCCUAUGCAUGCUACCCCCGCCCUACAGUCCUUAUCCCUAUUUCCUCAGCCUCCAAAGGGAAACUCACGAAGUUUAUGAACAAAUAAAAAUUAGACAUACACUACUACUACAUUAAAUUUUUGAUUUUGG